AUUACAGUCUAGGGCUUGCUGCUGAAAAGCCCGCUGGAUCCUCCACUGACCUGCUGUUCUUUCCUGCUUUCCUCUUGCGUUUUUUUCCACAUUUAGAUUAAAAACAAAGCUCUCUCUCUCUCUCCUUCUCCCCUCCCUCUUCCUCCUCCUUCUUCUUCUUCUUCUUCUUCUCCUUCUUCUCCUUCUUUUCUGCGGCAGCAGUCAAGGAAGAGGCUUCAGUGUGUCAGAGAGAGGGUGAAGAGGAGGGAAAGCACAGAAGAAGACUAUUUGACCGAGCUGAGUGUGUGUUUGUGUUUGUAUGUUUCGCUGUUGGACCGUUGGGUGAAGGGGCACAAGGAUAGGAGGAGGAGGAGGAGGAGGAGAAGGAGAAGUAGAAGAUGGGAGCCUGCCUGGAUGAAAUUCUCUGUGUCAUGUCACUGCGUGUGGACCUUGACUGAACACAGGGUGAGGAGAAGGGAAGGAGUCACUGUGACGAAGGCGAGGACAAGAGGACAAACUGAGACUUCACGGAGAGAAGAAGGAAAAGGAGGAAGAGGUGAAGUCUGCCGCUCCAUUUUAUCAUGACAUUGUUGGAUAAACAAAUCGAGGGACUGAGUGUUCGUCAGUCAUACGUCAACAUCAAGCGAUAAAGAGAGAGCAGAAGAAAUAGAAGAGUGAAGACUUCUGUGCUCACCCCGGCUAAGGAGCAGGGACUGGACUUACUGAGUGUGAGAGUGUGUGGGUUUGUGUGUGUGUGUGUGUGUGUGUGUGUGGCUGUGUAACCGGUGGAGGGCAGAGGAGUGGAGGGCCAGGGGACUAACCUGGCCAUCAAACGGACUGGCAGCCUCUCCUCUCCUGGGAUCAUGUACCCUCAGGGCAGGCAUCCGGUCCCCUUGCAGCCUGGCCAGUCUUUCAAGUUCACAGUCCUGGAAACUCUGGACCGUAUCAAGGAGGAAUUCCAGUUCCUCCAGGCUCAAUAUCACAGCCUGAAGCUGGAGUGUGAGAAGCUGGCCAGUGAGAAGACUGAGAUGCAGAGGCACUACAUCAUGUAUUAUGAAAUGUCCUACGGUCUCAACAUUGAGAUGCACAAACAGGCGGAGAUUGUCAAGCGUCUCAGUGCCAUCUGUGCUCAGAUCAUCCCUUUCCUCUCUCAGGAGCAUCAGCAACAGGUGGUCCAAGCCGUGGAGAGGGCCAAGCAGGUCACAAUGGCUGAGCUCAACGCCAUUAUCGGGCAGCAGCAGCUCCAGCACCUGUCUCACCACGCCCCCGGCAUCCCCCUGACACCCCACCCAUCAGGCCUGUCCCUGGGUGCAGGGGGCUCAGGGCUCCUGGCACUGACCGGGGCCUUGGGGGUCUCAGCACACCUUGCCUCCAAAGAUGACCGCAACCACCUUGACCCUGAACAUCUCAGAGAGGGAGCACCCAGCAGGAGUAAGUCAGUGUCAUCGACAGACAGCCAGCCCGCUGAGGAGCGCCAGGGCCCGUCAGGAGGUUACUCCUCCUCGCAAGGAGGAGCCGAGGCCAAGAGGAGGCGCUGUGAAGACAAAGAGUCCCUCGCCCCACACUCCUAUGACAGCGAUGGAGACAAGAGCGAAGACAAUCUUGUGGUGGACGUCUCCAAUGAGGAGCCUAACUCUCCUGCCGGGAGUCCUCCUCAUUCGCCGCAUGGAAACGGGUUAGACCGGGCCCCUACCCUAAGGAAAGAGCUCCCAGGCUCCUCGAGCACCGGCGAUGCCCCCUCCACCCCAAAUCCCCGCAGCCCCACCCCAGGGAAAGCCAAGGACUCUGCACAGAUGGACAAGUCCCAGUCUCCACUGUCUAAGUCUGGCACUCCAUCCCCAUCCCACCGUGAGACCCUUACCCCAGGAGCCCCAGGAGCUCCAGGAGCUCCAGGUCCCAGCACCUCCUGCCUUCGCCUGGUCAGCAAAGCAGCAACCAGUGCCGACCCCCUUGCUCUCCGCAGUCCCAUGUCUGUGCCCCCUGGUUCAUACCCAGCUCAUUUUGGCGUGGUGUCCCACGCAGGACUGAAUGGGGAGCUGGCCAGCCCAGGAGGUUUCGGUGGGGCUCUGACUCUCUCCCCACAAAUCAGCGCAGCAGCCAGCGCCUACUCCCGAAGCCCCAUGGUGGCGUAUGACUCGCGGUCUCACCUAAGGGCCCCUGGGCUGUCCUCGUCUCUCCCUGGUUCCUCUGGUGGCAAGCCUGCCUACUCGUUCCAUGUGAGUGCAGACGGUCAGAUGCAGCCGGUGCCCUUUCCCCCCGACGCUCUGCUCGGUCCAGGAAUCCCCCGUCACGCCCGUCAGAUCCACACCCUGAACCACGGAGAGGUGGUGUGUGCCGUCACCAUCAGCACCUCCACGCGUCACGUCUACACCGGAGGCAAGGGCUGCGUCAAGGUGUGGGACAUCAGCCAACCAGGAAGCAAGAGCCCCAUGGCCCAGCUGGACUGUCUGAACAGGGAUAACUACAUCCGCUCGUGUAAAAUCCUCCCCGAUGGCCGAACCCUGAUCGUUGGUGGGGAGGCCAGCACGCUGUCAAUCUGGGAUUUGGCCACGCCCACUCCUCGCAUCAAGGCAGAGCUGACGUCGUCCGCUCCGGCCUGCUAUGCUCUGGCCAUCUCCCCUGACAACAAGGUCUGCUUCUCCUGCUGCAGCGACGGCAACAUCGUCGUCUGGGACCUUCACAACCAGACGCUGGUCAGGCAGUUCCAGGGCCACACAGACGGAGCGAGCUGCAUCGACAUCUCCAACGACGGCACCAAGCUGUGGACGGGAGGCCUGGACAACACAGUCCGCUGCUGGGACCUCAGAGAGGGACGCCAGCUGCAGCAACACGACUUCACCUCGCAGAUCUUCUCUCUGGGCUACUGUCCGACAGGCGAGUGGCUGGCUGUGGGAAUGGAGAGCAGUAAUGUGGAAGUCCUGCACGUCUCCAAGCCUGACAAGUACCAGCUGCACCUCCACGAGAGCUGCGUUCUCUCCCUCAAAUUCGCCUACUGCGGGAAGUGGUUCGUGAGCACAGGAAAAGACAAUCUGUUGAAUGCAUGGAGGACACCAUAUGGAGCUAGUAUUUUCCAGUCCAAGGAGUCUUCGUCUGUGCUGAGCUGUGAUGUCUCCCCAGACGACAAGUACAUAGUGACGGGCUCCGGGGACAAGAAGGCCACGGUGUAUGAGGUGGUGUACUGAGGGCCGUGACGAGAUGGGAAGAGACGGAGAAUUCUUUUUCUUUCUUUCUUUCUUUUUUUCUAUUUGAGGGGGGGGGGGUAGUUGCCCUGCCGACCACUCCUGAUCCUAAUUACAUCAGCAACUGCAUCACUUCCGUCUCAGUGCUCCCGACCCUCACCCCUAAAUCAUUACCCCCUCUCCUCCCUUUUUGCUGUGAUAUAAGCUACCGUUGAAGCUCCCAAAUGCCCCCUCCCCUCCCCUCCUCUCCCUUCCCCUCCCCUCAGCUCCCUCCACUUUCAACCCAAGGAUGAGGCAUGAUAGCAGAGAGAAAGGCAGCAUGGGAAGCAGCAAGAUAAGAAGGACAAAGGAAAAGAGCGGUGGAGCAGAGAGAUAAAGUUGGGAGGAGAAAGAGGGAAAGACGAGGAGAGGAGAAACCGAAAGUGCGGAAGGAAGAGAAAUGAAAGGGAGGAAGAGGAGGGGGAGAGGGAGGCAGGGUAAUUAGGGCUGUUUCCUGAUUAAGAGCUCAGUGGAAGGGAGGCCCCCAGAGGAGGCGUAGAGCGGCACUGUGGGAGCGCCAGCCAGGAGCACUGAUACCACACAAUCGAUUCAUUAGCCAGACAGUGGAAGCCUUAAUGAGGCUGACGCCGCAUCUCGUUCUCCCCAGCGAGAGGUGUCAGGAGCUGGGGAAUGAUGACGCUCCGAGAUGGAAGUGGGGGGCGGGAGGGGGGGUUAGGCUGUUUCAGAUAUCCACAUACACCAGCAUGAAACACAGACCUGCUCACACACACUCUCACGAGCCCCCACGUCAUCGGGCAAGAAUACACACACUCGGUUACACCCCCUCGAGGUAGUUGUAUGAAGACAGAAACACACACAGCACCCAAUUAAACAUUCAUCGCCGCGCUCCCUGUCUCACUGCUUAAUAUCUAUUUUAUUUUGGUCUGACAAAGGCAGCGUCUAAUGAGCAGCCGAGUCAAUGGGAUUCUCCCAGGGCCCAGAGACACAAACAGAGAACAUCAGCCGAGCUGUUCCUUCUAAUUCCUCUGGAUUGUUCUCCUGACACCGUGCGCUGCACUCACUCUCAUUAAAGGCACUGUCAGCUAGACGAAGUAGCAGCACGCCAGCUUCACUGGAAGGUACACAAGAGGGCAAAUUAACACCACGCGAUUACGCCAUCAUCAGCAGCCGACUAAGCAGCGACUAAUCCGAUUCCGAUUUUAUGCAACUAGUCGCUGUUUUCACUUGCAAACCGGAAGAGAUUCCAUGUUUAUCAGUUCUAAUCGCCUCCUAUCAUCUCUGCCUGCCUGCUGAUGUCUUAGUGCUCAAAGUGCUCCGGCUAAAUCCUAUUUGAUAAGCUAUUGAUUUAUUUUCACUGAGACGCUAAACACCUUAAAGUAAAACUUUUGUGAAAUUGUUUUUUUUUUCCACCAAAAUUUUAGAUGAGAAGAUUGGUGCUGCUCUCGUGUCUGUAAGUUUGAAGCUGCUUAGAGCAACCUGCUAGCUUAGCUUAGCUUAGCAUCGUUCACAGACUGAAAACUGAGGGAAACAGCAAACCUCAUGCUAGCUAAGACUCCAGGAAGUCCAAAGCGAGGAACAUUCUGGCUCAUGAACCUUAGCAAAAAGACAAAUCACUAUUUUUACACUUUUCUUCAGAGAUUAAACAAAUGAGAAGCAAGCAGUUAAUUAGCGACACAUUUUUAACUUUCAGCCAGAGUCACCCCAGCUGCCUUUUCCCGUUCCUGCUCUGCUUUUAAGCUUAGCUAACCAGCUUCAUGAUUACUAUGUGGACAUGAGAGGGGUACUGUUUCUUUCCUUCUAAUCCUUGGCAAGAAAGUGACUCAGAAAAAUGUAUUCUUUAAACUGGAUUUGUACUUUUGAAUCCUCCUUGUAUCAUAUUCCAAACUGGCAGCCAAACUCUAUAUCAGAGCUCUCUGCUUCUGUAGGACAUGCGUCACCAGUGUGUAGAUCGAAAAGGCACAUUUCCAGAUUUUCUUAUCUCUCGUUAAUUUCAGCAUUUUUUAUGAAUAGUGAUUGAUCGUCUUAUGUAAUGACAUGUUUAUGUAUUGCGGUUGCCUAUGACUGUGUUUGGGGUUCAGGGAAGCAAACAGAGAGGGACGCGCUCACACGGAGACACUAAAGAUCAAGUGGAACACAGGAGGGAAAAUAUUUUUUUGGACCCCCCCCCCCCCCUUUUUUUUUGUUGUUUGUUUAAUAUGUACCUUUAUCCUUGGUGAUGGUGACAGGCAGAGGACGUAAAACACCAUCAAUCCAAUGUAAAGAAAAAAAUGAGACCCUCAAAACAUGGGAGAAAAGCUCCUCUGUCUGUUGUUUGUUGUUUUUAUUUUAUUCCCCUUUUUCAAAAGUGGUAGUAAGCGUACUUUACUCAGUCUUUCAGUCCUUACUGUGUAGUAUUAAACUCUGUUUCUGUUGAGUCUGUGGUCUGUGUACAGCAGGCAUUGGCUGACGAUAUAGAUUUAGCCACUGAAGAGGUUCCACUGUUACUGCAUGCUCGUUGCACUAAAGCUCCACCGCUGGUAGAAAGAAAUGAGGCUGAUUAUAAUCAGCAGGUACCGUGGAUGGUCUCACAGCUCACCGUUUUACAGAAGAAAGGACAUUUUACACAACAGUAUGCAAUUUAGUUCAACUGUACAAAAUGUAAGCAAGAUUUGUCCAUGUUUUUUUUUUUUGUUUUUUUGUUCGUUUGUUUUUGUUUUUUUUGCUGCAGCACUAACGCAGAGUAGAAGAAAAAAACAAGGGACUUCUGUGAUGGCUGCUGAGCCAACAUGGCCUCAGAGAUAAUCUGUACAGUUUAAUGCCUUUGCCUGCCUCUCUCCCUUUCUGUGUGACAGCCACAGGCGGACUUAAAUGAUAUCCUCAUACACAAGCUUGUAUACUACUCAAAAUGACGCUGUAUAAUGGCUAUGCAUCCGGUGGUAUAGCGUGAAUAUUUGGGACAUUUGUAUUUGAUACUCUUCUUUAACUCUCUGCAACAUCUCUAACAUCUCUCCCCCUGCCUGUGCUUCUCUGCUCCAACAGUGUAAAAACUUUUUUUCCCUCUUCUUUUUUUUUUAUUUUACAAGCUCAUGUUUGGUUUCUCUUUUAAAAAGCCAAGGAACUUUUUUUUUUAUUGCACUGUGUCUUCCCUCCUGAUGCGUUUCCCAUGUGCUGUACAAGAAAUACUAUAUGUGAAAAAUAAACCAAACUUGUGUUCAUCCUUU